CAGGGCUCUACAGAGGCGGCGGUGAACUGGUGUUGCAGUGGUACUCUGUGGAAGGCCGUCUUGGCUCACUUGUAAAGUUUCAGCGUCUCCUAAACUGGAGGAGGUUGUUUAAUGAAAAGUGCCAUAGACUGAAAAACGAAACAUGAGGGUAGCAGGUGCUGCGAAGUUGAUGGUAGCUGUGGCAGUAUUUUUACUGACAUUUUAUGUUAUUUCUCAAGUAUUUGAAAUAAAAAUGGAUGCAAGUUUAGGAAAUCUAUUUGCAAGGUCAGCAUUGGACACAGCUGCACGUUCUACAAAACCUCCCAGAUAUAAAUGUGGAAUCUCAAAAGCUUGCCCUGAGAAGCAUUUUGCUUUUAAAAUGGCAAGCGGAGCAGCCAAUGUGGUGGGACCCAAAAUCUGUCUGGAAGACAAUGUUUUAAUGAGCGGUGUUAAGAAUAAUGUUGGAAGAGGGAUCAAUGUUGCCCUGGUAAAUGGAAAAACAGGAGAAUUAUUAGACACCAAAUAUUUUGACAUGUGGGGAGGAGAUGUGGCCCCAUUUAUUGAGUUUCUGAAGUCCAUACAAGAUGGAACAAUAGUCUUAAUGGGAACGUACGAUGAUGGAGCAACCAAACUCAAUGACGAAGCACGGCGGCUCAUUGCUGAAUUGGGAAGUACAUCUAUUACUAAUCUUGGUUUUAGAGACAACUGGGUCUUCUGUGGUGGGAAAGGCAUCAAGACCAAAAGCCCCUUUGAACAGCACAUAAAGAACAAUAAGGACACAAACAAAUAUGAAGGAUGGCCCGAAGUUGUCGAAAUGGAAGGCUGCAUCCCCCAGAAGCAAGACUAAUGCAGAGGAAACUGAAGGAAACGCACUUUGCCCGUUAAUGGCCGAGCUGUGACCGAGGAGCUAUGUGUAAAUACUGCGGGAGCAUGCAGCCGUCUCGGCGUGUGCAUGAGCAUUUAUCUCUUUGGAUAUCGGGAUUAUUUAUUGCUAACGUAAAUAACGCCUCUGUAAAUAGUCAUCGUAAUGAGCAAAUCACUGAACCAUUUCGAAGCACAUUUCUCUGAUAGUAGUACGGUGUUAGACUGCUACAGUAGGGACAUCUUUUAAUUCUAAAAGCAUACCCAGUGGAUAACUGAACAGAUUGUAAAAAAUAUAUUGGUAUAUAUACUGGUUGCUGUGAAAACCUAUUAUGGAAUAAUAUGGAUUUUAGGGAGGAGACUUUGUUUUCUUUGUGUGUGUGUGUGUGUGUGUGUGUGUGUGUAUUGUACACACAC